CUCUUCCUCCUUCAGAGUACUUAAACAUGUCGUGGUCGUGUGUUUACACUCACUCUCCUCCUCCUUCGGAGACGGACAGCCAUCCUACAGUGGUAACCCGGUUGCCAUGGUGAUCCUCCUGCAGCAUAGCAACAACCUCAGCACCGGGCACAGCUCCGUGUCGGACCCCGCCACCGGCGCGCUGAGCCGGGCGGGUCACACCGCGGCGGCCGUGGUCCUCGGGUUGAUCCUGGUUCUGGGCUUCGUCGGUAACUUCCUCGUGCUCCUCGUGUUCUCCCGGUUCCGCUGCCUGCAGACUCCCGCGAACCUGCUGCUGGUCAACGUCAGCGCCAGCGACAUGUUGGUCUGCCUCUUCGGGACCCCCCUCAGCUUCGCGGCCAGCGUCAGAGGCAGGUGGCUGACCGGGACCUACGGGUGCCGGUGGUACGGUUUCUCAAACGCGCUGUUCGGUAUAGUGUCUCUGGUGUCUCUCUCCCUGCUGUCUCUGGAGAGAUACUCUGUGGUGCUGCGCAGCGCUCAGCCGGACUCCUCUCAGUACCGCAGGGCCCGGCUCGCCAUCGCCGCCUCCUGGUUCUACUCGCUACUCUGGACUCUGCCGCCGCUGCUGGGCUGGGGCAGCUACGGGCCGGAGGGUCCCGGCACCGUCUGCUCGGUCCAGUGGCACCAGCGCUCAGCCCCGGCUCGCUCCUACAUCAGCUGCCUGUUCAUCUUCUGCCUGCUCCUGCCGCUCCUGCUCAUGGUCUUCUGCUACGGCAGGAUCCUGCUGGCUCUGCGGGCGAUGGCGAGGCAGCUUUACCAUUCAAAGCUUCCACCUGUGUGUGAACCCUGUUGUCUAUGUGCUGCUCAACAACCAGUUCUCCAGGUGUUUCCUGUACAUGAUCAGGUGCAGCUCAGAAGCCCCGCCCACUCCGGUACACCACAGACUGCCCAGCAGCAGGGGGGUGUGGCUUCACACUCACAACCUGGCAACACAGGAACAGAGGACAGUUGCUGCACAGCAGCCCAGCCUGGUGCUGGAGGCUCAAUAUGCAACAUAGAGGUCAAAGGGUCUGCCUCCUCUGAAGGACGAUCUACGCCACGCGAUGUCGCCAUUUUCUCUCUCAAAGAAUCCUGGGAUAUGUGAGGCUGUGAGGGAUCGUAGCGGUGCGUCCUCCAACAACACGGAAAAGAAGCCUUUGAACUGGGACGGCUUUUAUGCAGCGUUGUGGCAUAACUGACCUUACAAUGCUCCUCUGAAGGAUUCAGACCCUGAACUGAGACACAGCAUGUACUUGUGUAUUUGUGUGUCUGCUCCACAGGAGGGCGCUCUGACCGGCUGAUGAACAUGCAUUGAUUUAAAGAUGAGUGUGCGACUGGAUAACUAGUGAACAAAAUAUCUAAACAACAUCAUACAGGUGACAUUUAGACUCUUUUUUAUUAUCAUUAUUCGUGUUGAACAAUAUACAACAUUUAAAAAGCCUCAAUUCAGAGUAAACAACUUUACAUUCCUGAAUGAAUGGUCGACACCAAAAUAAUUUAUUAAGAAAAUAAACAUACGUCUUCAAAAAUA